GUGAUUCCACCCGACGGGGACGAACAACCCGAAGACAUUUUCGCUUUCGCUGCCGGCCUGAUCUUCCCCGACGACACGCGCAACCUCCACGGCGACGAACGCUGCCUCCUCGUCUACAAAAGUGCCUCCUUUGGCGACAUUCACCUGCGCACCGCCGAUCCUGUGCAGAACCAUGACCGGCAGCUGUUUGCCCACUAUCUCUGGAAUGCGGGCAUCAAAAUGGCCGAAUGCAUUUCUGCUUUCCGUCGCAGCGACGAGCCCGAGGAGGAAGAGCUAGAGCCAGAGCCAGAUGAUGCCGCGCCGUGGAGCGUGAAGGGCCGGCGUGUAUUGGAACUGGGAGCAGGCGUGGGACUGGCCGGUAUAGUGGCUGUCCUGGCGCGAGCGCGAGAAGUCGUCAUCUCCGACUACCCAACCGACGUUGUGCUCGAGAACAUCAGACAGAACGCAAUGCGCGCCAUACCAGCCGCAUUGGCAAAGCGGUAUCGAGUCGAGGGCUACGCCUGGGGCGACGUGACCUCCGACUUCGCGAGAGCGUAUGCACACUCCUUCGACCGCAUCAUUGCUGCGGACUGCUACUGGAUGUCGCAUCAGCACGAGAAUCUGGUGCAGUCCAUGCUUCACAUGCUCAGUCCUGCUCCAGAUGCAAGAGUCCUUGCAAUUGCUGGCUUUCACACCGGCCGAGCCAAGUUGACUGCCUUUUUCGAAGAAGCGGUGUCGCACGGUCUUGUGACUGAAGACAUAUACGAGGAAGAUGUACAAGGCGUGAGAAGAGAGUGGGCGCCAGAACGAGACGGUGGCAGAGAGGACAUGACUGGACGCAAGCGGUGGCUUCUCAUUGCCGUACUCAAGAGACAACAACAGUGAGACGAUAUACUUACCGGAGUUGUGUUCCGAGGAGCCUUUGCUCUACAACUACAACUACUAAAACAACAACAACAACAACAACAACAACAACAACAACAACAAUAGUCACAAUCUUUC